GAAAACGAAGGCAGAGAAAAACAGCUGUUUAUUUAUAAACAUUUGAUUAAAAUUCUACAGAAAAAUGAAAUCAACAUUAAAACAGCAUCAAAUAUUGUUAGUUUGUUAAUGUUAGAGUGUGAGAAUCUAAAUGGUAAAAAUUUGGUGGAACUGGCUACAUUGUUUACAGAUUCUGUUAAGAAUGGACAGUUUAAAGGUGGAAAGGCUGCUGAUUUAUUCCCUAAGAUACUCCAUGAAUUAAGUCAUCAAGAAAAUGUUUUAUAUGGAGAUGGCAAUAUGAAGGGAACAGAAUGUAAAAGUCAUAUCUUAAACAGUCUCUGUUCUGGAAGAUGGGAUCCUCAAACUAUAAUACAUCUGUCUAUAAUGUUUAAAGAUGUACCAAUGACUUCAGAUGAAGUAAAAUUUGUUAUGGAGAAAAUAAUCCGAGCUUUCCCUGAUGUUGAAUUACAAGAUUUACCAGCUAUAAUAUAUCAGUUAUUAUUACUAGCUACGAAGGGUCAUAGAAGACUAGUUAUUGAUGGUAUCACUACCUUUUUUAUGGAUCAAGAUACUUUGAAUAAAGUCAAUACAAUAUCAGAAGCCAGUGAAGAUUUACUGACAGAAGAGAAUGAUAUAGAUAAAUUAAGACAUACACAAGGAACUGUUAUCCUACAUUUUGUAUUUUCAAUCAAACAAGAUCAAGAAUUGGGAAGAGAAUUUAUUAAAUAUCUGAAGACCACCUUAUCCUGUUCUACUAGUAGAGUAUUGGCACCGUUUGUAUUGGCUUUAACUCUGUCUAUAGCCAGAAUACACAGAUUUGAGGAUCAUAUAUAUGACUUUCUGAAAACCACAAUAUUAAAAAGUUUUAAAGACAAUGAGAAACAAGCUAAUUCAGAAUGGGUGAGAGAGAUAGUACCAAUUAAAAUAGAUACUUCUAGUUUGGUUCUUGAGACUGUUGAUAAUAGUAAAUAUGGUUGGGAUCAUGUAUUACAAGGAUUAGUACAGCUUGGCUUCACAUUAAUGGAUAGUUUUGGUCCGAAGGCUGCAUUCGGUAGAGAAGUUUAUCAAGGCUCUGUAUCUACACCUUCACAAUUAGCUGGUCAACUGGGUGCUAAAAUACUUCAAAAUACUUUCAAGGCACAUGAAGUUGUACGAGGAGAAAUCUUAGAUCAGAUAUUUAACAGAAUAAUAACCAAAGCUACAUCUCCUGUUUCACAUUAUUUAGAACUACUGACAGAUAUCGUAUCAUCAGCCCCUCAAUAUUUACUAGAAUCUGUACCUAAAGUUCGAGAUGCUUUUGACUAUUUAUCAUUUUUACCACCCAGUGCUGGGGAGGGUUUAUUGAAGGCUAUACAACCAUUGUUAAAACUCAGUAUGUCUUUAAAAGAUACCUUAAUGAUUGUUCUGAAGAAGUCUAUGUUUUCUAGACAACUGGAAGCUAGAAAAAUUGGUGUCAUAGGAUUUCUGAUGUUUUUAAAGAAUUUUAAAGUUUUAGGUGGGCUGCCGUCUAGUCAAUGCAGUCAGCCUUUUACUUUAAGUCAGGUACAAGUUGAUGUACACACCAGGUAUAACCCAGCCAGUAAUGAGGCCCUGUGUCUAGAAAUUCUGGGUAAUUUGAGAAGAUGCUGUACUCAACAAGCUGAUGUAAGAUUACAGCUGUAUGAGGGAUUAUAUGAAGUGGUUCAUCGUAAUACUCAGUUACAGCUCUCAGUAUUAGAUAUGUUACUAAAUCAGAUCAAGAAAUAUUAUGAAGAAGAUAAAGAUAUAAGUCCACCAUUGAAACUAGAUAAAUGUAUUUUAGCUCAGGGUGAACAGGUUUUUCUAGCUGAGCCAUUGGCCCAUCUAUUAUCCUGUAUUCAGUAUAUGAUAAUAAAAACUGUAGAAACUAAAGAGAAAAUGGAAGUAGAAGAAGAUGAUGAUGAAGAAGAAACAUCUCUAACAGAUUUACAAUCUAUAUUAGCUAGUCUAACUGAUAGAAUGAUCACUAGUGAGAUGGAAGAUUUUGAAAUCGACAAGUCAGCUGAUUUUUCUCUCAAUAACAGUGUUGGUAUUAAGAAUAACAUAUUUGCUAUACUAGUAAUGGGGGUAUAUGAAGCUUUGAUUGAAUAUACCUAUCUUAGUAAUAGAUACAAGAAAGAAGCAAGUGAGAAGAUACUGAAGCUAUAUGAUAACUAUAGUAAAUUAAGUGAUAUAUUGAAAGAGAAGAGUGGUGGGGGUGGGGCAGGAGGAAGUAAAGAUGGGAAGAAGGGGAAACAAUCCACAUCAAAAUCAACCAAAACUCCUACCAGUUUAUUGUCUUUAUCUUUCUUAGUGGACAUACUGGAAUCUACACUGAGGUUAUUAAAUAGUUACUAUAUAGAGAACCAGCUCAGUAAUGAUAAGAAGAGAAGUAAGAAUAUUAGUACUGUAUGUUUAGAUGGACUGUUACAUGUGAUACAGAUUGCUACUACCAGUAAACAAACACUACAUCAUUAUCUCACUCAAAUAGCUGUAUAUAGCAGGCUCCAAGGAAAGAAAAAAGAAAAUUCUUAUGCUAGUUAUUAUUGUAUUACAUUCCAGAGAUUGGUAGCUAAUAUUAUAUCAGCCAAUGAAGAUCAACAGAAUAUAAAAGAAAUUGGAGCAUUAUUAACUAUAAUGGGACAACUAUGUAAAUAUCUACCAUCUAAUACUACAGAAUAUGAGGAGGUUCAAACAUGGAUGAUAAAACUCUGUACAGAUCAGACUAUAGAUGAUAUAGCUACUAGUAAACAACUACUAUCAACAUUACUUACCAUAUCUCAACAAACCAAAACAUUACCGUCUCUUAUUAAAAAUAUGUGUCAAGAUAUUCACAGCCAACUUGGAGAUAUAGAUCAGCAAGUAGAAGUAGAUGAUAAGACAAACUAUGGUUUAAUAACAUUACGUACAGCAGCUCCCACUGUAUUACAACUAGUCCUACAUCAUAUAGAUAGAGAGUUAGACGAUAUAGACUGGGUUAUAGGACAGAUUAAAUCAGAACAAACAUUAUUAUUAACAGGAGAUGACUUACCUAAUGCUACACAACAAGAAGGGCAAGAGAAGAGUGUAUGUAGUAAAUAUGGUGUAUUAAUAACAGGGAUACAUGAGUUAGUUCAGUCAGCAUUACCUACUGGUGUAUGUACUGAUACUAUGUUAAAAUCAGUAACUAAACUAUACACAUCAUUAUCUGUCCUAGUUAAAUAUUACAUCAGUAUGUAUAUCAAUAAAACAGGUCAUUUGACAUCUAGAUUUGAAAAACUGGUGAAAUUAAUAGGAAAUAAAUUAUCUCCCUUUGUAUAUGCUUUCAUCACUUAUAUACAGCAGGCAGCAGAUCAUUUAAAGACAAAGAAAGACAAGAAAAAGACUGGGAAUACCAAUCUACCAGCAGGAAAGGUUAUCAAGCAAUCUAAAUACAUUCCUAAUUUAAUCUAUGCUAUUGAGCAGUUUGAAAGAUACCUGAUUCAAUUAACAAAGAAAUCUAAGGUGAACCUUAUGGAUAAUAUAAAGAUGAGUACAUCUCGAGAUUUCCGUAUCAACACAGCAGCUGUACAGGCUAUCCUAGAUCAGGAGUCCAGUUCUUCUGGAUCUGAUGAUGAGGAUCAAACACAGGUUGGUUAA